AUAGAGCUGAGUACUGCCAAGAAUAGCGAACAAGACCGCAUGGCCUCCACCAAACUUCUUCCAGUUCACCCCAAGACGCAAGCUCUCGCGUCAGAGACAUUUCAGGUGCCCCCCCUCGAUGGCUCUCUCACUGUCGCCGAAGUCGUCGAAUGGAACGCUGCCCAUAGCCCCGGUCACCCCCUGUUCAAGUUCCCGCUCGAAAGUGGAGGCUCUCGAACGAUCUGCUGGGCAGAGGCCAAUGCCGCCGUCUUGACUGGCUGUAAGAUCCUUCAACAUCGGAUCAGCACAGUCAGCAAGAAUCCACGCCCAGUAGUUGGCAUUUUGGCUAUCUCAGAUGUCAUCCCAUACGCCAUGAACCUCCUGAGCUGUCUGCGUUGUAAUUUCAUCCCCUUCCCCAUCUCGCCGAGAAACUCCCCGCUGGCCGUCGCUCAUCUUAUCGAACGCGCGAAGAUUGACUACGUUCUGGUGGGCCGGGAGAAGAGCAUGCAAGAUCUCAUUCAGCAGGCGUUGGAUAUCACGCGGGAAAAGUACCCUCAGGUCACUCCGCCUGAAGCACUACCUAUGCUGCAGUUCGACGAGGUCUACGCCCCAUCGGACGCUUCCAAGAACCUGCCGGAUGUCGCUCCCUACGUGAGCGCUGGCCCUGACGCUCACACCCUCUGCCUGCAUUCUUCCGGCUCCACGGCAUUCCCAAAGCCCGUCCCCUGGACCAACUUCCACUUCACCCAGAUGCAGCUUAUCCCCUUCUUUGGUGGACGCGAUCUCACUGGCGUUGUUUUCUCUCUGCAUACCAUGCCAAUGUUCCAUGGCAUGGGUGUUCUCCAAGUGUGCUGGGCGGCGGCUUGCGGUAUUGUCAUCAGCGCUUUCGAACCGGCGUUCCCGUCCACUCUCCCAACUCCGGAUAACUUGUACGUUGCGGCCAAGGCAACCGACAGUGAUGUUAUCUUCUGCGUGCCUUCAAUCAUAGAGCAAUGGGCUGGGAACUCUGAAUAUGUCAAAUGGCUUGCUUCAAGAUCCGGUGUCCUCUUUGGCGGAGGUCCUCUUAACAAAGAGUUGGGCGACUACUUGACGUCGCAAGGUGUCAGCAUAUUUAUAUUAUACGGCAUGACCGAGGUUGGCAUCAUUAGUCCAAUUAUACCUGCUACUGCGGACUACGACUGGAACUACUUCACCUUCCCCAAGCUCAUCACGCCCGAAUUCGUUCCCUGCGGUAAUAACACUUUUGAGCUUCUCAUCGUGACGAACGAAUUAUGCGAGCCUCACGUGUUGAACACGAAAGCGAACGGAAUACCCGCGUAUGCGACGUCCGACCUUAUCACACCUCACCCUACCAGACCAGGUUAUUGGAGAAUCUAUGGCCGGACGGAUGACCAAAUCAUGCACAAUACAGGCGAGAAGACAAAUCCAGGACCGCUCGAAAACAUCUUGAACCAGGACGAACAUGUCAUGUCAUCUGUCAUGUUUGGUCGUGGAAAAUUCCAGGCUGGCGUCAUCAUCGAUCCUACGCCGAAUGCAAGCUUUGACCCCACGGACGAAGUCAAGCUGGCCGAGUUCCGUAACGUGAUAUGGCCGACGGUUGAAGCUAUGAACGCUUACGCCCCACAACACUCACGCCUUUUCAAAGAGAUGAUUAUUGUAGCAAGCCCCUCAAAGCCGUUCACUUACACGGCCAAGAGCACGGCUCGGCGUCAGGCUAUCAUUGACACGUACGAGGAGGAGAUCGAGAAGGCGUAUGCCGCCGCACAUGACAGCACCCAGAGCAGCAUCCCACCGCCCGCCGAGUGGGGCCAGGCGCAGACACUGGCAUUCGUAAGGAAGAUCGUGUACUCUGUACUUGGAAAAGAGGUCCCCGAUGAGGCGGAUCUUUUCCAGCACGGCUGCGAUAGUUUGCAAGCUACCUACAUCCGAAACUCUAUUCUGCGCGCUCUGCGCGACUCCUCGGACAUCGACACGCGCUCGAUCAAGGAGAACGUGGUCUACAUGAACACGUCUAUAUCGGCCCUUUCUACCUUUGUCGUCAACUUUGUAUGCGGAGAUGGCACUGAGAAUAAUAUUGACCUCAGGCAGCGUGCCGCGUUAAUGGAAUCCUUGGUCGACAAGUACCUCGCCGAGGCUUUGCCGGUGCACCAGCCGCGUUCGUCUUCGCAGCCCGAUGGGAUGGUCGUGCUUGUAACAGGCACGACUGGAACGCUCGGGAGUCAAAUUCUGGUGGCUUUGCUCGAGGAACCUACUGUGACAUGCAUAUAUGCGCUGAACCGCCUAAGCUCGGGUGGUCAGGCGAUUGAAGCACGGCAGGCGCAGGCCUUUGAAGAGUGGGAUUUGGACGCGGCGCUUCUCAAGACAGAAAAGCUGAGGCUUUUGGAGGGAGAUAUUCUCAGCGAGAACUUUGGUGUUGGCGAGGCGGCAUACAUCGAGAUCGCAGAAAGUGUCACCCAUAUCGUGCAUAACGCCUGGACAGUCAACUUCAAUCUUCGAGUCGAGGCCUUCGACGAGAACCUCCGAUCUAUUCGGCGCUUGGUCAAUUUCUCCCUCAGCUCGCCGCAUGCAACACCCGCGAAGUUCGUUUUCACGAGCUCCAUUGGCGUCUUCCAAAACGUACAAGGAAAGACGGCUCUUCCUGAAGCCCCUGUUGGCGCAGAAAUUGCAGCGAGCAACGGAUAUGCAGAGUCGAAAUGGAUCUCAGAGCAGAUAAUCCAGCGUGUGGCCGCCCAAGUCCCUUCUUUCAGCAGCCUCAUCGUCCGAGUGGGCCAGUUAUGCGGAGGAGCAGAGACCGGUAGCUGGAACACGAAGGAGUGGUUCCCCGCCCUCGUUCAAAGUGCCAAGGCGACGGGAUGCUUCCCGUCAGAGGACAAGCCUGUAUCAUGGAUUCCGACAUCCGUCGCUGCGUCCCUCCUCGUCAAGCUCGCCAGGUCCACCUAUCGCCCUCGGAGCGGUAUCGUUCAUCUCAUCCACCCCAAGCCCGUACCAUUCUCCAGCCUCGCGGCGCCGUUCGCGUCGGCGCUGAACGUCCCCAUGGUGCCGUACAAGGAGUGGUUAUCCAAGCUCGAGGCGUUGCACGACCAGGCGAGCAACAGCGCCGAGACUCAAAGCAACUCAGACGUGUCAAACCUUCGGGCUUUGCGGCUCGUCACGUUCUUCCAGAGUCUCGCGUUGGAUAAAGCGGCGGGAGAUGCUAUGGGCUUUGCCAAGCUCGACUGCACGCAGCUCAAGGCGAGCCCUGUGCUGGCGGAUGUUGGGCACGAGCCGCUUGGAGCGGAUAGUGUGCAGAGGUGGCUUGAUUAUUGGCGUCGCAAGGGUUUGCUAUGAGGGCUGUCGACUUUUGACUGGGAUAAUUACGAUUGAUAACUCGACAUGGUUUCGAUAUUUAGAGGAAAUAAAUAGACUAUUUUACUUGCUG